UAAAGACCUUUUUCCCCACCUCAUUCACAGACUGUCGGUCUGAAACGGGCAGGAGGAAGAGAAAGAGCCAGCGGUAUAUUGGAGUUUAAGCGCGAGCCAUCCUGCCGUGCAGCUAUAAGAGGAUUGCUGCAUCCCAAUACCCGUAACGCCGCGUGAAGUGUGUUUAGACUGGAAAAAUGUCAUUGUCGGGGAAGGAAAACAACACUACCCCUCAUGCCAAUUAUGUGGGACCAUACCGUUUAGAAAAGACCCUUGGGAAAGGACAGACAGGUCUUGUAAAGCUUGGAGUCCAUUGUGUCACAUGUCAAAAAGUCGCCAUAAAGAUUGUAAACCGAGAAAAGCUCAGCGAAUCCGUGUUAAUGAAGGUGGAGCGAGAGAUCGCCAUCCUGAAGCUAAUUGAACAUCCGCACGUUUUAAAGUUACAUGACGUCUAUGAAAAUAAGAAAUAUUUGUAUUUGGUUUUAGAGCAUGUUUCUGGUGGAGAGUUGUUUGACUAUCUGGUAAAGAAGGGCAGGUUAACACCAAAAGAAGCUCGAAAGUUCUUCAGACAGAUCAUCUCAGCUCUGGACUUCUGCCACAGUCACUCUAUAUGUCACAGGGACCUGAAGCCAGAGAACCUGUUGCUGGAUGAAAAGAAUAACAUCAGAAUAGCAGACUUCGGCAUGGCGUCCCUGCAGGUGGGAGACAGUCUGCUGGAGACGAGCUGUGGAUCUCCACAUUACGCAUGUCCUGAAGUCAUCAGAGGAGAGAAGUAUGAUGGAAGGAAAGCCGAUGUUUGGAGCUGUGGGGUCAUUCUGUUUGCUCUGUUGGUGGGAGCUUUGCCGUUUGACGAUGAUAAUUUACGAAAUUUGUUAGAGAAAGUGAAGCUGGGUGUGUUUCACAUGCCACAUUUUAUUCCACCGGACUGCCAGAACCUCUUGCGAGGAAUGAUCGAGGUAGACGCUGGCAAACGGUUAACGUUAGAGUUGAUCCAGAAGCACACAUGGUACAUAGGAGGGAAGAAUGAACCGGAACCAGAGCAGCCGGUGCCCAGGAAGGUGGCAAUCCGCUGUAUCCUGUCAGCAGAUGACAUCGACCCAGAUGUUUUGGAGAGCAUGCACUCGCUAGGGUGCUUCCGUGACAAGAACAAACUGAUGAAGGACUUGUUAUCAGACGAUGAAAAUCAGGAGAAAAUGAUCUAUUUUCUUCUGUUGGAUCGUAAGGAGAGAUACCCCAGCCAUGAAGAUCAAAAUCUUCCUCCUCGCAAUGACAUAGAUCCACCGCGGAAGCGUGUAGACUCGCCCAUGUUGAACAGGCAUUGCAAGAGGAGGCCGGAGCGGAAGUCUAUGGAGGUGUUGAGCGUGACAGACGGAGGUUCACCUGUACCAGCGCGAAGAGCCAUCGACAUGACACAACACGGACAGAGGUCACGGUCCAUCAGCGGUGCAUCCUCUGGUCUCUCCACCAGCCCUCUCAGCAGUCCACGGGUGACCCCACACCCCUCUCCAAGAGGCAGCCCUAUCCCUACCCCCAAAGGAACACCUGUGCACACACCUAAGGACAGCCCGGCGGGGACGCCCACCCCAACACCACCCCCCAGCCCCUCCAUCGGGGGAAUGCCCUGGAAAACACGCCUCAACUCCAUCAAGAACAGCUUCUUGGGCUCGCCACGCUUUCACCGCAGGAAACUGCAAGUUCCUACCCAAGAAGAGAUGACCAGCCUCACUCCAGAGUCUUCCCCAGAACUUGCCAAAAAAUCUUGGUUUGGUAACUUCAUCAACUUGGAAAAAGAGGAACAGAUCUUCAUUGUUAUUAAGGACAAACCACUGAGCUCUAUAAAAGCAGACAUCGUCCAUGCCUUUCUCUCGAUACCCAGCCUCAGUCACAGUGUUGUCUCCCAGACAAGUUUUCGAGCUGAGUACAAAUCCACAGCCGGUCCUACCGUUUUCCAAAAGCCAGUCAAGUUCCAGGUAGACAUUACGUACACUGAGAGCACCGCAGCCACCAAGGAGAAUGGCAUCUAUUCAGUCACCUUCACUCUGCUCUCAGGUCCAAGCCGGCGUUUUAAACGUGUGGUAGAGACGAUUCAGGCACAGUUGUUAAGCACACAUGACCAGCCAGGGGUCCAACAGCUCUCUGACGAGAAGAAUGGCCAGGUGCCUGUUCCACCUGGCACGGCCAACAGAUACCCACCAAACGCCCAUCACCACGACCCUCAUCCUAGUGACUCUAAAUUCCCAGCGGGAAACCCCAGGGACAAUGCCAAGCUAGUGGUUGGGAUUACGGAGCAGCCCUAA